UCAUUUCGUGCACGUGAAUUGGAAGCCGGUUAUUUUUUUUAUUUAGAAGCUCACCAAAUCCAUUACAAUGUUCGUCCGACAGAUCUUCCGUUUUGUGAAUCUGCACCCAGUCUGUAGAACUUAUUGCAGUGAUCCAACACGUAUUGAAAAAACUGUUAAUACGGUUACAUUGUUGGGACGAGUCGGAGCCGAUCCGCAGAAGCGGGGCAAUGAUGCUCAUCCGGUGGUCACAUUCUCAGUUGCUACUCACGCCAACUAUCGCUAUGAUUCGGGCGAUUGGAUGCAAAAAACGGACUGGCACCGUGUGGUGGUUUUCAAGCCGGCACUGCGUGAUUCAGUAAUGAAUUAUCUGCGUAAGGGACAAAGGACUAUGGUAACCGGUAAGAUCAGCUACGGAGAGAUAACGGAUCAAGAGGGCAAACAACGGCCCACGACAAGCAUCAUAGCGGAGGAUGUUAUCUUUUUACAGGGCCAACAACAGCAAUAGCAUUGUGCUACUUUGCCCUCAAUAUUUGUUGCAUUUUCAUUAGUUUGCGGUUAAGAAUAAAGUUGUUUAACUAUAUGGCCAUGAUA